AUGGACAUACCCAGCGCCCGCCUCCGUCGCACAUUUCGCUACCCCGCCGACGAAUCUGAUGAUGACUCUCAACCCGAAGCAAUGGAUGAAGAGGAGCAGGAAGAUUUCAUCCGACGUCUCGCCAUCGAAAACACCUCCCAGAACGCCUUGUUCGCGCGCGUCCUGACCGUCGUCCCCAUCCUGUCCUCGAUCCCCUACAUCCCCUCCCUCUUCCGACCCGCCACGACCCUCCUGUCCCUCCUCAGCAUAACCUGCCUCCUGUCCACAGCCCUGCUGACGUAUCGCCUCCCCUACACUCUGACCGGCAUGCCUGUUCUGGAUGAUAGACGGGCGUCGGGACAUCACAGCAAGAACAAGAACAAGGACAAGAUCAAGAUGGGCGGCGGCGGCGGAGGCAGAACUGUCGGAGCAGGAGCCGGAGAUUCCCCCCUGGAUAGAUACCUGCCGUAUCUCAACGGUGCGCUGGCCAUUCUUCUCAUCCUGGUCGGUCUAGUGGUGCCCAGGUCCAGCGCCGCCGCGGCCGCCUCUCUGCACUCUGCCGUCGUGGCGAGCUGCCUACCCGCGCUGAUAUACGGCGUCGUCGUCGUCGCCAAGGUCGUCAUGGCCGGUGUUGAUCCGGAGGAGCAGCUUUCGUCGCUCAAGUAUCAGUAUAGAGGAGCUUGA